AUGUCGGACUCCCCCCAAUCUCCUACAAAGGAUGUCGAGCAAGGUGCACAGUCACCCGACGACGAAGGACAAAUGAAUGACAAUCAAGACCCACACUCGGCUGGCGGCGCCGCUGGUUAUGAGUUUGAAGUUAAAGAGCAAGACAGAUGGUUGCCUAUAGCCAAUGGGUCUGGCGUGUCUCUGACAACUUGGCCACUCAUGUCUCACGAACCAGCUCCUACUUCACCGGGACCAAGUCGUUCUGCUAAGCAAGAAUAUCAUGAUGAGCUCGAUGCUAACAUUCGUAACUUUGCUCCAGUCGCCCGAAUUAUGAAGAAUGCUCUUCCUGACAACGCGAAGAUAGCCAAGGAGGCUAAGGAGUGUAUGCAGGAAUGUGUCAGCGAAUUCAUCUCUUUUAUCACCAGCGAAGCUUCCGAAAAAUGCCAGCAAGAGAAAAGAAAGACGGUGAAUGGUGAAGAUAUUCUGUUUGCUAUGACUUCACUGGGGUUUGAAAACUAUGCGGAGGCUUUAAAAGUUUAUCUUUCCAAAUACCGAGAGCAACAAAAUCAGUCCAACCGGGAGCGUGUCAUGGAAAACACUUGGGCUGGUUCCAUGAUGCCAGGUGAAAAGGGCGACGGGACUGCGCCGGGGCAAGAGUUUACCGGUGGCGAUGCCUCGAACAACGCCGAAGCUGGCGCCGACCCCAACUAUAUGUACGGCCAACAUGCCGGCCACAACGGAGCUGCAGCCGGAGAGGGCUACUAG